AUGCCCGACAAAAACCUCACCACGAUUUCCUACGCCGCUGGCGCAUCUCUCGCCGCAAUCGCACUCGUCUACGUAUUUGCGCCCACUUUCACAAUCGACGAGACCAGCACAUCGUCUUCCCGAAGAAAGGGCGUCGUGGGUCUGCGCAAUGCAGCCAACGACUGCUUCAUAAACUCGACCCUGCAGGCCCUCGCCGGCCUCGGCGAGCUGCGCAUAUACCUCAUUCGCGAGACGCAUCGCAGGAAUAUCGACGAUGACGGCGUGUACUCCCAAUUGGUCCAGCCGCCAGGCAAGACUUACCCAGACUGGAAGAUUGAGGGCAUGCAGCGCGGCCUGGUCACCAAGGGCCUCAAGGACAUGCUCGACUCCCUGAACGAGAGGCCUAUCUAUAAGAAGUCCAUCUCGGCCAUUGAUUUUGUCAGGGUUCUGGAGCAGGCGUUCCGACAGCGCAUUUCAAGACAGCAGCAGGAUGCGCAGGAGUUCCUCCAAAUUGUUGCCGAGAGACUUAAGGAGGAAUACCACGCAGGCGAGAGGGCCCGCGCACAUGCGCAGCUAGCCGCCUCUCGAGCAGCCUCGGCUGGGGCUUCGGUCAAUGGCGAGGCCGUUCAAGAGAAACUCGAGAAUCUCAACCUUACGAACGGUCACGCCGACGGAUCUUCCUCCGAUCUUCCGACGCCGACCGUACCCAAGAUUCAGACGAAUGGAGUCCACAUUUCCGCCGACGAAGACGAGGGUUUCCCCAUGGAAGGAAGAUACGAGUCGCAAUCCGAGUGUCAGACCUGUGGCUACAAGACGAAGCCGAGGGAAGAGACGUUCUACAUGCUGACCUUGAACGUCCCUCAGACCAGCUCUACCACGCUGAGCUCAUGUUUCGACGAGAUUUUUAAGACGGAGAUGAUUGACGAUUUCAAGUGCGAGAGGUGCAGGUUAAUUCAUGGUGAAGAGUCGCUGAAGAAAGACCUGGCAAAGGCACAGACCGACAGCGAAAAGCAAGCGUUGGAAGAAGCAAUUCGGAAAUUGCGCUUCGCAAUCGACGUCGAUCCCGAACAUGUACCCGAGGACAUUCUCUUGCCCGACAUUAGCACGGCACCAAAGCGCAAAAUCGCACGCUCGACUCGCCUUACAUCUUUCCCCCGCAUUCUGGCCGUGCAUCUCUCACGUUCAAUCUACGAGCAAACCUCGACCAAGAACUCGGCCAAAGUCGCAUUUCCCGAACGUCUGCCGUUGGGCGGCCUCCGCGACCGCAGAAAUUACAAGCUGCUUGGCCUAGUGACGCAUAAGGGCAGCCACCACAGCGGACACUACGAGUCUUUCCGGCGCCAAAACACCUACGCGCCCUAUUCGAACCAGAACACGUUCCAGCCCUCGGGCAUUUACAGCAAGACAGCCAGUCCCGCGGCCACACCGCAGCCAUCUACACCGCAACUCGGUGCAAGCCCUGCCGUGUCGACGCCCGACCUCCUCACCCCGAGCUCCGAAACGAACUCAACACCGCCGUCACUAUCUUCCUCCGACGGCUCGCCAAGGGAGCGCAUCAAGAAGCGCAUCAGCCCCACAUCCGCGCCGCGCGACAAGCAGAGGGAACCCGACUCGGGCAGCAUCAGAUCCGUAAAGUCCAUCACAGCUUCCGCUAAGAGCACCGUCUCCAAGAUCUCCCAGCGUGUCAGCGGCAACAGCACGCCGAGCACCAGUCCGCCGCGCUCAACGCCCAUGGCCGUUGCGCCCCGCCCGCCCGUACAUAGGCGAAAGAAGCAACCCACCGAUCGCUGGUGGCGCAUCAGCGACGAGAAGGUCCGCGAGGCCAAGACGAGCGAGGUCCUCGACCUCCGUCGCGAGGUCUACCUGCUCUUCUACGAGCUCGAGAGGGACAGCCCGUAG